ACCAGCGCAGUGUUCAACAGCUAAACGCGGGAAACUUAAAUUCAACUCGUUUAGAAAAAGACAAAUUUAAAAGUAAUUAAAUAGUGAUUUAAACAAAUUAAAAAAAAUAUAUAUGAAUUAUAAAUUAUUAAAUACAAGAAAUUCUAACACACUAAUGAAUACAACAAAUUCUUAAAGUUGAAAAAAUUGCAGUAAUUUGUAAAGAAUAAAAAUUAUAUUAAAUUAGAAAAAUAAAUUAAAACAAAAGUGACCUUACAAAAUACGUUUUUAAUGUAUCACAAUAAAAUAAUUUGUAUAAUUGAUUUUUUUUUAUAAUUUUAAUUAAAAAUACCACGCAAUAUUAUUAAAUUUGAAACAAAAUUAUGUUUUUAGUUUAAAUUAUUAUAAUAUACAUAAAUAUUUAAUAGUAAUAGUGUUGGCAAGUAGUCGAUUUGGGAUUUAUUAAAAAUAAUAAAAAUUCGUUAUAUUUAAAAUUUUUUAAUUAAAUGACAAUCUAGAUUAUGGCCCAAUAAAUGGCCUAAAUUUUUCAUACAAAAAUGCAGUAAAAAAAUACAAAAAAUACUUAAAAACUAUUAAUAGUUUUUUCUUCUUUUAUUUAUUAUUGCUGACGUUUUAACAAAAAGAACCAAGUGUAUAUAUAAAUAAUAAUGUGUUCACCUAGUGGCUUAAUUUGUAUUUUAAUAACAAGUUUAUUUACAAAUUGUGUUUAUUUCUCUGUGGCAGUCAAAGCUGUUAACAACACUGUUGCCACAAAAACCAAUACUAACAACAACACCGCCACUUAUUAUCAUCUUCCAGCAGCAGCUAACAUUAGUUGGCCACCUAAUACACCUGAUUUUUUCAAUAAUUUUACACCAAAUGACCAUCAUCUUCACAGCUCUACAAGCCAUAGUGCGUUUGAGAGUAAAAGCAGCAGCCUCGAAACUAAUGGUCAGUUUAUUGAUAUAACACGGAAGCAUAAAAUCCAUUACAAUGGUUUUGUGAUUGAUGAAACUAAUUUACUAGAUCAUCUAGAAGACCAUGAAAAAGAUUUAAUAUUUGGUAAAUCAAGAAAAAAACGUUCCGUUAAAUUGGUGCAUCUACAGUAUCGUACAACAGCUAGAGAAACAGAGGCAACAACGAAAGAUGUUGUUGAUAAAAACAACAACAACAGCAGCAAUAACAAGCUUGAUGUUGAUAACAAUGUUAAUGCCGACGAUGCGGAGGAGGAGAUGAUCCCCCUUAAAAAAUUUCAAAGUGGCACUCAAGCAAGCAUACAACGUUUUAAGAGAUCUAACAAUGUGGCAUCUGCAUCAUCAUCAUCACCACCACCAGCAGCAGUACUUAAGAAGGCAACAACAGAAACAUCAACAGCAACAACACUGCCAAAACGUCAAGGUGGCGCCCCAACAAUGCCAAUGGUAUCAGUGCAAAUCAAAGACAACGAACACUUGGUCAAUUUAAAACUACAGCAAACACCAAAAUUAAUUGACGAUUCAUUUGUAUUCAUACGACGUUACGCCAAUUCAUCGCAACUAAUAGAGAAUUCACAUAAAUUAGUGACUAGAUUGGAGAAAUGUUUCUAUCACAAUGAAAACUCAGCACUUGACCUUUGCGAUGAGGAAAAUGUGCGUGGUGUUUUCCAUCACAAUAAUACAGAUUUCAUUAUACAUCCUUUACCCGAGAGAUUUGGUAAUAAUUCUCAUAUUAUUUUGGAAUCUGAAAGAGAAGUUUUCGAUACUUCUUGGAGAAAUUCUUCACUGCUAGAUGAAAAUAUACAAUUUGAACCGGAUGAAGAAGAUUUUAAUGAUUUAAAUUUGGAAUUACCCACUAAUGAUGAAAUGGCCACCAUGAGAUCGACCAGAAAUAUCGACAGUGAAUCGGAAUAUAGCAGUAGUAUACAUCACACAACACAUCAUCAUCAGUUACCCCUAAAUUUACGCUUUAAACCCAGACAUCAUCAUCAUCAUAAUCACCAUCAACACCAUCAUCACAAAACAUCCUCGGCUGGAGGUCAUCACAAGCAUCACCACAAAUACCCGGAAGAAUCUCCGAUCUCUAAGCGCUACAAACGCUAUAUACAUUCCGCCAGCCAAUACUCUAAUAUACCCGAUGUUUUACACAUUGAAACGGCCAUUUUUGUGGAUAUAGAUUUAUACAAACAUAUGGCGAAAAACUUUCCCAAAGACACUAGUUCACAUUUGAUUCGUUUUGUUUUGGCCAUGAUCAAUGGUGUUCAAUUGUUGUAUCAUCAUCCUUCGCUGGGUAAACGUGUUAAUUUUGUUCUGAAACGUUUGGAAAUUUUAGAAAAAGAUCCUCCAGAAUUGAGAAGAUCUAGUGAUAUUGAUAUAUAUUUAAGUAAUUUUUGUAAAUGGCAAAAUGAUUUAAAUCCCUCAGAGCAUACGGGAUUAAGAUUUGAUCAUGCUGUUAUAUUGACAGGUCUUGAUUUGUAUGUGGUGGGUAAAAAUGGUAAAGUGAUCAGUCAAGUUGUUGGUCUCGCACCAGUGGCUGGCAUGUGUAUACCAACAUCAUCGUGCACCAUCAAUGAGGGCAAACACUUUGAAAGUGUUUUUGUUGUGGCCCAUGAAAUUGGACAUAAUUUAGGUAUGCGUCACGAUACAAUGGAACAGAGCUGUGAUCCCACCUCACAUAUAAUGUCACCCACAUUGGGGAGUGGUAAAAUAACCUGGUCACAGUGUUCGAGGGCUUCGUUAAAUAAAUUUUUGGAAUUAAAACAGGCUAAAUGUUUAUUUAAUGUGGGUGAGUUUAAACAAAAUCUGGAUCAUUCGGCUGAUGGUAUAUUGCCUGGAGAACGUUUCGAUGCCAAUCAUCAGUGUAUGUUGAAAUAUGGCAAAGACUCUAAUCGAGCUAGAAGUCAGUCUUUAGCUGAUAUUUGUCGUGAUUUACAUUGCCAAAGAGAUCGUUAUACUUGGACCUCACAUCCGGCUUUAGAAGGAACCUCUUGUGGGGAUAACAAUUGGUGCCGCAGUGGUUUUUGUGUGGUUAAACGUCCAGAGACUUUUACAUCUGCCAAACAAACUGCCGGAGUAGCUAAAGCUAAUUUUGAUAAAACCAGCUUUUUGGAAACCUCUAAAGUGGGACAUUUAUUGCAUGAAUACCAAAAGCCCUCUAGCAGCUGGAGUGAAUGGAGUGAACCCAGCGCCUGUGAUUCCAGUUGUCUUUAUGGUCCUUCGAAACGUUUGCGUGAAGGUAGCACGGGCCUCAAAAUACUCACCCGCAAAUGUAUCGAUUAUAAAAGACGUUGCAUCGGUAGAGAUCGUAAAUUUGAAACCUGUGUUGCCAAGCAGUGCUAUAGUGUGCCUAUCAUAACAAUUGAGGACUUUGCCAAACAGGUUUGCGAAAGAGCUCAAAAAUUCGAUAUGGAUUUAACGGGAGAGGGAGAACAAAUUGUGGGCAAUAUUGAGGAAUCGUGUAAAGUUUAUUGUAAGACCAAAGCGAAUGGUACUAAAUCUAGAUCAUGGACCUUUCCGGAUGGCACUACAUGUCGCUCGAAACUCUAUGGAAAUGAAGAUCCCUCCUAUUGCAUACAAGGUAGAUGUGAGAAAUUCUCUUGCGAUAAUUCUAUGGGAAAUUAUUAUAAAAUCGAUGCAAUAUUUUGUAAGCGACAAGAUAAAUAUGAACAGAAUUCGAUGGAAAAUGAUACAAUAAGAAGAUCAUCAAAUCAUUAUAGUAAUCAUAUACCGGCUGUGGCCCAAUAUACGGGGAGUUAUGGGGAACGUAAUGAUAAUAAUAAAUAUCGUAAUAAUAUUAAUAGUAAUUAUUAUGAUAAUGAAAGAGGUGCUAGUAAUAGUGAACGAAUUUAUGGACCCACUACUAUCCGCAGUAAAUAUGAAAAUGAGGUGGCUUUGCGUCCUUUUCAUGGUCAGUAUUCUAAUAACAAUUCUUAUAAACGUAAGACGGACAACUAUUCACCUUGGAACAAAUACAGUUAUCAUUUAAAUGAUCAUGUACCGGCUGAAUCAUCACAACCAAAAUCUUCUUCUUCAUUGGUUUCCUCAGUACGUGCGGAUAAUGGUGAUUGGAUUGUUAAAUCCGGUUGCCAUUCCAGUUGUAUGAUUAAAUCUCGCGGUAUUCAGGUGGUGGUUAAUCGUGAAACGGGCAUUCAAAAUAUUCAGCUGUGUACACAUUCGGUUAAGCCAUGUGAACGCCUACAAACUACCACCGAGUACGCAGAUCACACCUGUGCGCGCUAUAAACUUAAAGUGCUAGGGCUCUCCGGUCGUGGUAUACAAAUUGCGUCCAGUGUUGAAGAUCCCGAUCGUAGUUGUCGUGUUGGCUGUCAAGAUGAAUUUAUACAUCAUCGUUUCUAUUUAGUGAAUGGUAAUUAUGGUCACUUCCCCCUGGGAACCAAAUGUUCCCAAAAUGAAGAACGUUAUUGUGUUCAGGGUAAAUGUUUGGAAUUUGGAUCCGAUAAUAUACCACUCAAGCAAUCGCAUAUCAGCUUAGCAUUAUUUCGUUCAAGGCGUUCGUUAAAGAGAAACAGAAAUAAACAACACACAAGAAAUAAGAGAAGUUUUCUCUUUUACGAUCCCGUUAAUAUAACGGAAACACUAACACAAGAAUUUAUUAACAAUAUUGUUAACAGUAUUAUAACAUUUGAAGAGAAACAAUUAAAGGAUGAUUCUCUUUUAAAUGAUCACAUCGAAUUUACAAAUCCUAUACAUUAUUCUAUGGAUGAACUGAAUGAAAAUUAAUUUCUAUUUAUUAAUUUGGAAUAUUUAUUGAUAUUUUUUUAUAAUAAUUUUAGGUUUUUAAACAUAUUUAGUAUUAAAUCUAUAUACAAUUAAACAUAUAAAUAUAUUUUGCUGUUAAGACGUGAUAUUUUAGUUAUUAACUAAUUGAAACAAAGAUGUAAUAUGUAGUUAACAAAAAAAAAAAAAAAAAAACAUGUAUGCAGUAAUAAAUCAAAAAUAUUUUGAAAAUCUCAUGU